UGUACAAAGGAGCAGGCAGGAGAGAGACGUCGGUUUGGCUCUACAGACACCUUGUGUGCGUUUGAAUGAGUGUGCUGCGCUGUGAGCCCGGAGCUCCGCGGUGCUGAAGGGACAGCUCCUCUGCUCUCUGACAUCUGCAGAUAUGUUCACCCGGAUGCUGAAGCUGAGACUUCUCAAUGCUGUAGCACCUGCAUACUUCUUCAUGGCUACAGCAGUCACCUUCAUUUUGCACUUUUGCUUCUUCAUCCCAACAAUCUUCCCAAAGCGGGACACAUCACUGAGCGGGUCCCCAGUUCUUCACACAGUUGUUUUCCUUUUCUUGAUGUUCAACGCGCUGGGAAAUUACAUAAUGACUAUCAAAUAUCCCGCUGAAAGCGCCAACCAGACUGCGGUUCCAGUGUGUUCGCCGCAUUGCUCAGACAAAGUGGACGCGCACUACCUCCUAAACGGUCGCCACUUCUGCAAACUGUGUAAGAAAGUUAUUCUCAAGAGGGACCAUCACUGCUUUUUCACUGGCAACUGCAUCGGCAACAAAAACAUGCGGUAUUUCAUCAUGUUCUGCAUCUACACAUCAUGCACUUGUUUGUACUCCUUGGUUCUUGGUGUGGCCUUUCUCACAGUGGAGUACUCCAUCUCCUUUGAGAACCCGCUGACCUUCCUGACUCUUCUCCCCCUAUCCACUGGUUACUUCUUCAUGGGAACAAUCUCAGGCUUGCAGUUGUUCCUGGUGCUGAUGCUGUACGUAUGGCUCGGCAUUGGCCUGGUCUGUGCAGGUUUCUGCUGCCAGCAGGUGCUGCUGGUGGCCCGGGGACAGACCUGGUGUCAGAUGCAGAGGGGGCAGCUUCAGGAGAACCAAAGCCCCUGGAAAACCAACCUUCAGGACGUUUUUGGUAGCCGUUGGAUGCUUGGCCUUAUCCUGCCUGUGCAGACAGUGGAGAUGUGCUCCGACGACACAGAUCCACAUAAACAAGACUAACCACAUAGCUAGCUCUAAAUAGGUCACAAAUUGUAGAAAAUGCUUUCUUGGGAUCCAUGCGGUGACUGAUUCUAAAUGCUAAAUGGAUGCUUUAUAACCUUUAAAGUAGUCCUUGAAAUAGUUAGCUGUUAGCACACAUUCCUUUUAAGGACAGGAGCCAUAUAUCAAUGUGAAACUUUUGAGUAAGUGCAUAGUAUAAGUGUAUCCUUUAAGUAAGUAGCUUUUGACAAGGCAAUAUUAAGACUAAUAAGUUGUUGGUUUGGGACAUCCUGCAGUUUUACAAAAUAUAAAGAUGGUUUGGCGUAAGUGCAUGCAUUCACAGCUUCGCAGUUUUAUAAUACAAUAUUGAUCUGAAUGCCUGUGCCAUGUGGCGCUCUGAGAUUAUCAGUCGAGUGUGUUGUUCUUCCACACUUCUUUGUACAAUGCUACAAUGUGACAUUCAGGAAACUUCUGGUAGUUUUUACAACAAUAAUUUACUCUGACAUUAAGGGCUAGCAGACAAGGAAACGACAGUGUGUCUACGGCGUUAACAGCCAGUGAAAGUUGAUGAGUCUGCUCUGACAGUAAACUGUUCAAUGUUGAGCCUGAUAUUUUCUACUCAAAUGAAUGUGACUCAUCCAGUUAUAUUUGACAAAGGUGCAUUAAUAUGCUCCGUUUGGAUGGGGGAAAUAGGAAGACGAUUACUGUAUUAUUACCCAGGGUAUUAUUCACAAUGUGCCAUAAACUCAUGCUCACAGUUGACCCCAAAGACAAGCUAUUCACUACACUGCUUACUGCUUAUGAUAGGGUCCAUUGUAUAAUAGUAAGGCCUUUUCACUGUUAUGCUGCAACAUACAGCCACCGACAUACUCAACAUCAUGUCAAAGAUGUUUUGGAUUUCAAUAAAUCUACUUUUUAGAGCUAUUUUGUCUAUUCCUAGUAUACCAAUAAAAGUAUUCA